AUGAGCCAGCUUGAGCAAAUUCUAGUAGACUGUCUUGCGCUCGCUGCACAGGACAAAAUCACUGCCAAGAACUCCUGGUCUCUUCAGCUGCUGGAGAACAUAGAUGGCAUCAUUGAUUCCAUGCGGCAAUCGUGCGAUUUUGUCUAUGUAUCUUCGGCCAUCUCUGCGUCUGCAAAGAUCUAUGCAGGAAGAGUGGACUCCCUAUAUACUAUGGUGCGUCACACUGCUGCUGCAGGACGCGUGCAUGACCACUCUCCCAUGGAUCUUGAGGGUGAAACAGAUGCCAACUCAAGCCAGGCGCGCAGGCCCCUGGAUAAGCAUUCAAAGGCCACCAAGCGGGUUCCUUACAAGAAUGCUGCAUUAACCAAGGACUUCUCUGCCCUACAGAUGAAGCCUGCCUCACGUGACGCGCUUUUCCGCUUGGACCCCCUUUACUCCCAGUUGCAGAUGCAGGAGCUCACAUGCACCACUAAAUCGCUCCCAAUCUUUGGCAUGUACGCCAAACCAGCCACCUUGUCGGUCUCCCAAGCUCUUUCUGACCGCAUACUAGCCAAUGUGCGACCUAUAACCACACACAUGAUUCAAGCUGCACAGGCCUCUCUAAUCGCAACACCACUUGUAGCGCCAUCUGGAUCACUUGAUAGAUCACUUAUUAUGGUGAAUCCUGCGAUGCAGAGCCAAUAUGGCAACUUUUCUUCCAGGAUAGAGUCUGCGGUCCACUCUGUUUCAGAUUCUCUCGUACUGUCUCAGAAGCUACAGGAUGAUGUGGCUCGUUACGUAGAGACCUCUGAUAACCUCUCUGUCACCGAAGAUCUCAUAGCUGUUUCUGGCAAGAAUGCACUCUGGAGUGCAGCAAAACUUCCCAAACCCCCCAAGAAGCAGCGAGUUGCUCGGCGAGCUACUUCACAGGCGUGUAAGAAGUCUCGGGCCCCCAAUCCCCCUCGAGCGCCCCGCGCGCCCCGGUCGUCUUCUUUCGCUGCCCCUAAGCUGACUGAUCAUGCACCUUUAGAAUCUGUUGAGAUUGCCUUAAGCGACUGCAGCAUCAACUUAGAAGCCGAUGAACUGGACUUUGAUCCGCCACACACUCAAGCACUUGCAAGUUCACGCCGAGCUACACUAGACAUUUCAGACUUGCACGGAAGCUCGCUUGCAGAAUCGGCUCCGCCGUUCGAUAACUCCGAGUACAUUCUCAACAUGGUCAAGACAGAAAGUCUCAUUGAUUCUACUCCCACAAAAGUUAACAUAGCACAGCUAAAGGGGGCUAUUCAUAACGAGCUUACUCACCAGACCACGCUAGCAGAGGUUUUUGCUCGGCUUUCUCACAUGAAGCGUCUUCCUAAUGACAUUACGAACAAGUCUGCAGCUGCUAUUUCACUUGUCUUUAGCGCGCUUCUGCACUUGGCAUCUGAAGGGCACGUUGGAUUAGAAUGUCGUCAAGAUGACAUUAGUAUUAUUCCUCAGCAAGCAAUCUAG